UUCUACCCUGAAUUAGUGUCUGUCAAAUCUUAAUAAUCAUGGAAGAAAAGAAGAAGAAACAGAAGCAAAACCAUAAUAUGGAAUUUGAGUACUGUAAAGUAUGCAAACUGAAUCAUAAUCUAGGUCGAAAACAUAAGUAUUUACCAAACCAUAUAAAAUCACUCUCUUCUUUUCUUUCUCGAUUUAAUAACAAACUUUCCGAUGUUCGAUUUUUCAUCAAAAACCCUACUGUUAUCCGUCUUGAACACGCUUCUCGUAAUCGAUUAUGGUGCGUCUUUUGUGAUUCCGAUAUUCAUGAACUCAAUAGCUUAUUCGCUUGUAGUAAUGCUAUUAAUCAUUUAGCAAGUCCGGAGCAUUUGAAGAAUUUGAAGGAUUUCAUGUGGAAGAAUGGUGGAGGAAUGGAUCGUGUUGGCUCGUUUAGGGUUUCUGAGUCUGAUCUUUCUAAGUGGGAAAAAAGAUGCCGUGUGCUGGAGAAUUCAGAUCCUUUAGCGAAUGGAGAAGCUUGUGGGCCUUCCUUGGGAGCUUCAAAAGAUAUCCACAAUCAACUUAUCUCUGACACUAAAAAUAACUUAGAAAUUUACUCUUUUAAUUCCAGUAAUUCAAAUAGUUUUGUACCUUUACAAAGUUCUGCGAAUGAGAGGCAACAGGAGUUUCCUAGAGAAGUCCAUGGAAUCGCAGCUGUUGGCUCAUUUCUAUGUGAUACUUUUUUGCCAGCUGCUGGGGAGCACAGUUAUUCAUAUGCACAUGGUAUGCAUGGCAUGGGAGAGACUAUAACGUGUCCACAAGAUUAUGCUGAUAAACAAAAUGGUUUUCUUGCAAGUAGUGGCGCAAGCUCAGUUGAUUGCUCUCCCAGCAAUAAAGCAGUUGGAAGACUGUGUAAUGGUGGGAGCAGUAAACAGGCAUCGCAGAGUUCCACUCAAAGUCUUCCGUUGCUUCCUCAAGUGUCUAAAGACAAUGUUCAUGCGGGAGCUCCUCCACCCUGGUUUGACACAGUGGAAGAAAUUCAGCUCCAUCAUAUUACUGCAGGAGUGAGUGAGAGUGGCCUUGCUCCUUCCUCGCGUAAGUCGGUGAAAUCUCAGAAAUUAAACCCAAAAAGGGUGGGUGCUGCUUGGGCAGAGAGGAGAAAGCUUGAGCUGGAGAUGGAGAAGAGAGGAGAAAUAGUCAAUAACUUUGAUGCUGACUGGCUUCCAAAUUUUGGUAGAGUUUGGCAAUCAGGAAGCCGAAAUGAAUCACGGAAAGAGUUUCAGAUGGAGAAACAAAAAUUGCCUGAGGUUGACAGCGGACCUGAUGUACCAAUCGUGAUACAACCCUACGUUAGCAAACGAAUGCGGAAGGAUAUUGCAGAAAAUAAAGAUGCAGUUGAGACUUAAUUGUCAUUAUGGGUAGUUAUGGCCAUUCCUGGAUCUGCAUGCCUAUAAAUAUUGUGCAUUUUUGGAAUGUACCUUAGUCAUUUUCUGGUAAAAAGUUACACGUGACAGUCUCAUUUCGGGGUAUGUACCAUAUUAUGUUGGCCCACAGAGAAGAAUGAUGGUCCUCAUUAGGAUAUUGUGAAACCUAAAACUGUUCGGUCUCCAUGUAAACAGCAAGGCCCGGAGAUUCUAUCUUAUAUAGUUGAGACUGUGAUAUGAAAUCAAGUUCAUUAAUCAUAACUGAGUAGUUGUACAUACUAAUGUGUUUGGUGUGAAUGGACUUGGGUUUUUGGAAUGUCUAUUAUCAUUCUUUAGUUC